AUGUCGCACGAAAUGUCCCAUCUGGGCCCGAGGGCCUUCAACCACGACCAGAGCGGUGACGCCGAGCAGGAGUACGAUCGCCUGCGCGACCUGGCGCGCCAGGAGGCCUCGAAGCGGGGACAAUGUUUCGGCAGGUCGAAAGAUGCUUAUUCAAGCGGUGAUGGCGCGGCCGCGAAGCAGCUCUCCGAGGAGGGCAAGGCGCAUGGUCGCAAGAUGGAGGAGUAUAACAAGCAGGCGUCCGAGUUCAUUUUCCGCGAAAAUAACGCCAGCGGACGCGUCGCGGAAGACACCAUCGACCUGCAUGGGCAGUUCGUCGAGGAGGCCGAGGAGAUUCUGGAAGAGCGCAUCCGCUACGCCAAGUCUCACGGCCAGAACCACUUGCAUGUCAUCGUCGGCAAGGGUAACCACUCCUCAGGCCAUAUCCAGAAGAUCAAGCCGCGCGUUGAGCAGGUCUGCCGCGAACUGGGUCUCCAAUACGCCACCGAGGACAACGCCGGUCGUAUCUACAUCAACCUGACCGGCGGCGAGGCUGUCAUGCCUCCCUAUCAACCUCAUCAGCAGACCCAGCAUGGCUCCCACCAGCAGUAUCCCGGCCAGCAGCAGCAGACACACCAGCAACAGCAACCGCAGCAGGAAGACAACAUCGAGCAGGCUGUCAAUGCGCUGUUGCCCAAGAUUAUGCGCAAGCUCGAAAAGGCUUGCUGUGUGGUUAUGUAA